CAUCAAGUGCAUCGAGCAACAAGCUUUACAUCUCAAGCAUCGUCGCAGUUCUUUAAAAGACUUCUAAUAUCCCAAAACAUGUUCAAGCUCCUGUGUCUGUUUGUUGUUGUGGCAGCCGUUUCUGCGAUGCCUCGUGCACCGGAAUGGCACUCAGCAUCGGGACCAGCUCCUGCGGGAAGGCUCGUGAAGCGCGAUGUGCAACAGCCUUUCCCUAAGCAGAUGCCAAACAAUGAAGAAAACGCCAAGGAAGAAGGAGUGGCCGUUGCUGGUGAAGACGAUAUGGACAAGGCGGAGACGUUCGGGUUCGGAUAUCAUCAUUACUACGCUUAUCCGCGAUACUAUUAUCCCAGCUAUCACUACGGAUACUAUCCUCGCUACCAUUAUGGCUACUACUGGUAG